GUUGAUUCUUAGAACUGGGGGUUCUUAGAAGUGGUGAUGCAAAGAUUUUCUAGGAAAGCCCUACCAGGUGAUUCGCUUUUCUCUUUAUUUUUUUUUUUUUUUUUUUAUUAUUACUUGCCAAUUGCUUGGAGUUGAAGUUCCCUGACUGUUUUCUUCUGUCUUUUUUAUGCUCUUUUUUUUUUUUUACUUUAGACAUUAUGUAUAUGUACAUUAUUAUUAUGGUUAUUAUUUUGUAUUUAUUUUUUAUUUUUGUCCGGCAUAGGAUUUACUUGUUGAUGGAUACAUAUGCGAAUUGUAGUGUUAUUUUGUAUCCCUUGUCAUGUGUGAUGAUUUUCUAUUAUUUAUUUAUUUUUUAUAAUUGGAAAUUGAUUUCUUGGACCGAUGCAUAUUUUGAUGAUGCAUUUUCUUUAAUUGGAGUAGUGGAUUGCUAACAGUGCAUGCUGCUGGAGUUUAUAAACCAUUAUUGUGGAUUUCGUCUGUGAUCCAGCAUGAUUGGGACUCCCAGAUCCCAUGCCUGUCUGUGUCUGCCUGCCUGCCUACCAGCCAGCCAGCUCCCAGUGCCAUUCUCUCUCUCUCUCUCUCUCUCUCUGUCUGGUUUCUCUCCACUUGCUCCAGGGCAACAACCAGACUAGCUACAGGGGCAGGUUAUAUAGUCAGUCUGAUGGCUAUAUUCUAGCUAUAUCAUGUGUGUGAAUGUGUGUGUUGAAGAAUGUGCAGAGGCUGAUCUUCACUUGCUCAUCCUGCUGCGUCUGAUAAACAGGGGAGAGACUUUCAUGGCAUUUCUGUGGCUCCUGUUCCUGAUCAGAAUAUGAAUACAGGAAGGGAUGGAGCGGGGCUUUUAGUAUUUGGGCUUUGCACCUGUACCCUGCUUAUUUCUACUUCUUCCAAAGCUACUGAUUUGGGAGUCACAUUUCUAAGAGGGGUAGUGGUGGUGGGGGUGCUGGCUAUGAGGCUGCAGGGCUACCAAUACCCCUUAUUGUGCUUGUGAUCUCCAUGGGCAAUCUGUUGAUUGAUGUCUAGUUGUGUGUUGGAGGUUUGUGACUGCCCUGUGUACUUAGAACUUCUGUGAGUGAGGCCGCUCGGUGUGCCAGUGACUGGCUAGGGGGGCUAGUGGCUACUCCAGACCCGCGCGGGUCCUCCUGCCUCUCCCCCUGUUUACAUGUGUCUCGCUCGCUACACAACUCUGAAAGUGGGGGAUUAUAAGGAUUUAACGUUUUCUCCUAAUGUUCCCGGAUCCCCUGUCCAGUCUUAAUGACCGUUAUGGGGAUUAAAAUGCCAAAGUAAAAGAUCUCAUUAUUGGAACUGCCUCUGUUUUUAAUGUUUAAAGUCCGACUGGAAUAUUUUGGAUUUUUUUUUUCUUUUUUCGAAGUGUCAAAAAAAAUGUUUUUAUUUAAUAAUACAUUUAUAUCACUUAAAUAAGUGUACACAUAUUUUUAUACAUCACAAAAUGAUAAAUGCGCUUAUAUAUAAAUUUAUUUCUUAUGUAUAUUUUUCUAUAUGUCUAUAUAUAAAAGGCCUGUAAAAUAUUAUUGCAGAGGCUGAUCGCAUGGAGCAUAUGUUAGUACAUGACUGUAGACGUGCUCCUAUGUGCGGGCACAUGGGUUAUUUAUGAGGGUAUUAUCGCAAGGGAUGAAGACAGACUGCGAUGCCCAUGUCGCCCUCCUGUGUGCUCACUGUUUACUAUGAAGAAGCUUGGCACAGCCAGUGAGACUCGUAAAUCAGCCUCCCAAAGUGAAGGAGUGCUGGCUCUGCUCCACACGCUAUUCCUGGAGGUAUCUGAGCUCAGUGCCAUCCAUGUCUGUAGGACAGAGACCUCCUCAAACAGGCAGGGGUAGGGGGAGGGGGUGCCCCCAAAUAGUCAAUUAACCCUUCAAGCCCAGAAUAGGGCAAUAGAUUGCAAAACUUAGCAUACUUCUAACUUAAGCAGAAAUCAUAGAUGUUUGUUGGGUUGUUUUUCCCUAACCCUUUGGGUGCCGUAGGUGUGAAGAGUGCUCAUGUUUUGGGUGCACCUAUAGCACUCAAAGUGUAAACGUGAUUAUUCCCAACUUUCUAUACUUCGCUGCAAACAUGACAGAAUGAGAAUCACGAGUUAAUAAUAAAAUCGGGUAACCUCCUGGUGGGUAACCUGUAAAGAGAGACUAAAUUUGGACAUUUGUUGUUCGUUGUGACCUAGAUUACUAUGUGGCAUAAUGUGGGAAUAAGCAGAAUAAUGUUAACCCUGUAGAUGCCAGUUUACGUGGUAGGUUUCUCUGAGAAAGGUUCGAGGUUAGAAAUGCUGUUUAGCACUCCGAUCUAAUCAUUUAGCCAAACAGUGCUUUGUUUUAAGAUGGUUAAUAUUUAGAAACUUGACAUUCUUAUUCCGAAUCCUGACAAUCUAAUUCCGAAUCCUGGCAUUCGCAUUCCUAAUGUGUCACUCUCAGAGGCAGAAAUAGAUCGUUUAGAAUUACUUGUGAAGUUUGUACUAACCUCAAGUAGCGAGUUCACACAUGUACUACACACCAUGACAGACAGCAGCUCAUUAGCCUAUACCCCGCUUUCACUGAUGCAUACCGUGAUAAUAUAAGGACUAUAUAGAGUUACAAUGUUAUCAUUGUUUCUAUAUAGCUGCUUCAUACAUAUUCUAUACUCAUGGCGGAUUUUAGAAAGAUCAUGAAAUAUCUGGGCGCCUGCUAAAUUUCAGAAAUUAGUUUUGUGUUCAUUAGGAAUGAGGAACUUAUUAAACAUUUCGCCUUUGGGGGUGUGGGGGUGCAUAAAGUUAAUCUUAGAGGCAUUUUAUUGGGGACAUUUUGAUAAAUCCUGAUUUAAAUGACUAUUUUAUUAAACUUAUAUUUGAGAGAAUUGUGGAAAAGUUUGCGCUACUAAUCUGCGCGCCAUAUGUAUGUUUGGUAGAAUUGGGUCAUGUUCUGUACUCGCCCCAAAGAGACAUUGGUAAAAUGAUUUUUGUUAGUGAAGUCAGAUUCAGUAAGAGCUGUAUAUAUGGCCUAGAACAGGCAUAGGCAACCUUCGGCACUCCAGAUGUUUUGGACUACACCUCCCACGAUCCUUUGCCAGCAUUAUGAGUGUAAGAGCAUUAUGGGGGAUGUAGUCCACGGCAUCUGGAGUGCCGAAGGUUGCCUAUCAAUGGCCUAGAACAUUAGCUUGCAGAUGUCAGCCUUUAAGCGGCUCCAGCCCAACAGUAGAAUAUUUUCCAAAUAAUGGUAAAUAACAGCUCACAUUUCUGUGCCGUGUGGUGCUCUGCUGACCCCAUCUGGUCCGAAUUACAAUGACAGGCAUUAAUACAAUUUCUUUAGAAUGGUAUGUUCCCUAAAUUUAGUUUCACGCUGGUUAAAUGGUGUUGUAAGCAAGGAGAGAACCAAAUCAUGCAUUUGAAUGUUUAAACAAAUUAACUUCGCUGGGUAGGGACACGACUCCUAAUGAAAGGGUUAAAUGAUAGAAAUUCUUCUCCCCACCCCACCACCACCAUGGCUGCAAAGAGGUUAAGUGGAGGUUUCGCAUUCCUGUGCUCCAGCUGUAAGCCUUACAAUUUUUUUUUCUUGACUCUUCUCCUAUUUCAUAUGAGUAGCAAAAACAAAAACAUAAAGCUUUAUGCUAGCAGAUAUACUUCAUAAACACAAAGCUAAAGCACCGCGCUUACAGCAGCAGUAGCUUAGUAUCCAACAGCUCAAAUUACCUCCAUAUUGUUUAAAGGUACAUAGGGAUUUAGGUCCGAGCGCAGGUAACAUUCUCUUUGCUUUUAGAUAAACUUUAUAUCUAUAGCCUCCUCCAUUAGCUGACUCAUUAACCAUUUGUUUUCCAAGAAUGUUACAGUUUGGCAGCAGAGGGGCCAAAUAAGUUAUUUGUAUAAAGCCCUAAAUAAUUCUACAGCAUUGUAGCACUAACAUUUUUAUUUCACCUGUUUAAAGAGAUACAAUGGGGAAUGUUAGUGAAUGCCUCUAUAUGAAUUAGCCAACUCCCUGAUAUAAUUGGAAUUUAAAAUGGAGUAUUGUCUAGUCAUCUUUUAACAAUGACAUAGAUGAUGUACAUGGCAGUAGCUUGUUAAUUCACAAAUACACUAUCAAAUCGACUGACCUAUUUUCAGUUGGAAUCUAAUUGUAAACUAAUACAAAUUGUGGAAAUAAAAUGUUCUCAAUAGAUUGUUCCCAGUGUCAAAGGACUCUUCAAUGCAUUGGGGAAAGGCUGUGAUAUUUUAAAUAAACAAACUGCUGUGGGCAACCAAUGAAUGUGUUUUGCUUGUUCUAAACAUCUGAGACUCAGUUUUGUGUCCCCACUGAGAAAUGAAGGUGUGCUGGGAAUGAAUUCCCUGCUAUUUACUGAAAACUCACAAAUUAGAAAGAUGUUUCUGUAAUACUGCAUUAUUUUGAAGAUCGUGUGUCAGAAGCCAAAAAAUAAGAAAUAUGGGUUUCAUAUUCUUAUGGCAUACAAAAAAAGGAGGAAGCUAUGUUUCUCAGUUUUGUUAGUUCCUGUCUGUCCUCAGUAGGACUACAAUUAUAGUAAUAGCACUCAGAUUAUUUGAUAAAGAGGUCCUACAGAAUUGCCACUAAGUAAGGAAUUCCAUUGAAAGUCAUUGCAAACGACACAAGUUGUCUGUUCGCAGUUUUAUUCCAUGACCACUCUUUUGGGACCACAAGAUCGUGGUGAAGAAAUUGUAUGUUUGUGUCAGUUUUAAAAGAUUAUAAAAUAUUUAUUAUUUUUGUGAGAAAAUGCAAAACAUUAGAAAAAGUGCAUGUGUUUAAUUAAUCUAUAAUAUUUUUGUGUGCACUCAUAAUGGGAAGGAGUAUUAAAAUUGGAAAAGGAAUAUAAUACUGCCAUCUAGUGGCUGAAAAAUGCAUUGCGAUGACCAGAUGCUAGUGGGAGCUGGAGUUAGUCACUGCAAAAGAAUGCAUCCAAACUUUUUGCAGGAAUGUCUGUUUGGACUUGAUAUCUAUAACUGUUUUUAUACUGCUGUUUAUACAGCUAUUACUUACCGAAGGCCGUCUUUUUCUUGUGAAUGUGUGUGCUGUUGUUCGCAACAAUUUAUUGUCAUUGCUAUAGACUAGAAUAAUCUAUUCAGUUUAUUACAGAUUUAACUUGUGUCAAAAUUCUGUAAACAAGACUCCUAUCUAUGGUUCUUGAAUUGAGUUCAGGAACUGUAUUUAACCUGAGCUGGACUAAGCAUAGCCAUCAAUGAGGCAGUGGUGCUUUGUUAUUAAAUUGAUAUUAAUUUCAAUAUCUUGGUUGGAAAAUCGUGAGACACUCUGGGCUACCUACUUCUUUGCAACAAAGUACCAUCAGGACAUUUUUCCAGAUUAGUGUGCCUAAAGUAAGCAUUUUACCAUUUCAUUUCUGAAAGUAAAUCAGUGCUCUACAAAUAAAAACAUAUUUAGACAAACAACUUUUUGGCCGUUCAUCCUUUGUGAACUAUGUCUCUUGUAAUUCUUAGUUGUUUGUCUGACAGUUUCAUCCAACAUAAUUGUUUGCAAAUAAACAAAACAGUAAAAUGCACACACUCAAAAAGGGGAGAAUACUUCCUGCAGGGUGCUCCAGAAAGGGAGGGCCAAUCCUUGAAGACAUCAAAUGGGAAAACAAAGAAAUAUCCAGGUACACCCGAGGUUUCUUCUAAAAGGCGGUCUUUAUUUGUUUUGGCUGCUCUCUGAGCCUUUAUCAAAUAAUUAUUUUUGAUAAAGGCUCAGAGAGGAGCCGAAACAUUGUCUCCACUUCCUUGUUUCAAAUAAAGACCGCUUUUUAGAGGAAACCUCAGGUGUGCCUGGAUAUUUCAUUUUUCCCCCCCCCAGUUUUAUCAAACAUAUCAUUCACGGCAGUAGUGUCAAUGAUUAGCAAAUUGUAAGUUAAAGUGUAACUCUGAACAAGGCUAAACCUUUAUCUCGUUAGGGGCAUGUGAUCUAGAGCCUUAUUCUUGAAAAGACUAAUUUGCUUUAUUGGCAACAUUUCUGUUACAAUGGAAAUUAAGAGUACAAAAUGAGAGUUUCUCACAUGUUUUCCUCAAAGGUUAGAGAAACUAUGAAGUUUCUGACUCAUAAAUGAAUUUCGACUUGUGGUUUUAUUUACUUGCAUUUGUACAGUUUAGAUAAAUGUAUUUUGUGAAUUUUUGUUGAUGGUAGCAUUAACUAAUUCAUAGCUAUCCUAGUGAUAUGAUUCAUAUAUUCACUAACGAAAGAGUGCAUUGUGGUGAGCAGACAAAUGAGUUGCAAAACUUUGAAUAAUACAGAGGAGUUUAAAAAAAUAUCGCAUUCUGCUUUUCCAAAUGUACCAUUUUAAUGUGCUUUUUUGUAAUUCAGUUCUCAGAUCACCACAAAGUGCUAUGUAGUAAAAGACAUCUAUUAGUUAUUCACUAAAGUGUGAAUUGUUAGGAAAUCAAAGUGAAUUAUUAAUUUUAGACCAAAAUAGCCAACCUAAAUACAAUUGACUGGGAGAACGUUUGUUUCCAGUUCUUCUGUUUAGGACUAGAAUUUGCACUUUAAUUCUGGACACUUCACUCUUUAGUAAAUAACCCUGUUUGUUUGUGUCUCUUGUACUUGCUACUAUUAUAAGUUGUUGGUUAAACAAAGAAGGAGGAUCACUUCAGAGAUCUCCUGUUGCCCUUUGCAAUCCCUGAAGGCUCUGUGUGUUUGUCACUAAUUAUUCCAAUGAACUUGAAAGUUCUUCUCCAUAGUCAAACCUAGUCCUCUUACUUCUCAACACUAACAGAGUGUGUGUUAAGGAAUUACAACUCCCAUCACUCUCAAUGAUCUUGAUAUUGAUGCUAUUUUUAAGAAUAGCAUCAAAAGGGUUUUUCUUUUGAAUUUUGCACAUAACCCGUGUCUCACUUACAUCUCAUUUAAUAACCAAGUAAAUGCAAUAUUAUAAUAACCCAGCAAAUGCAAUGUUUCUACCUUUAUGUGAUUACAUUUUUUUUUCUCAAAUAUCAAAGUUAAAACACAUUUUGCUAUCUAGACCCCAGGCCAGUUCUUCUUAGCAGUGCAAACUCUCUAGGAAAUUCCUCCCCCUCUGCCAUGAUCUGUGUGUUUGUGAUACAGUGACAAGACUAUUCUAUUUCUUAAUUUGUUGAAAUAUGUAAAAAAAAAAAAGUUGCACAGAACGGUGCAAAUUCUUUUAUCGGGGGGAUGAACAGGAAAAUGGUUGUUAUUCAUAAUUCAGCAAAAGCAGUAUAGGAGCAAGCCAGUGUUUUUACAAACCAUUGAUAUAUUAAAAGUAUGUGUAUUCAUGAAUUAUUUAAUUAGGUGUAAGAUGGUUUUAUUCCAUUUGAGAAGUUAAGCAGUUAUUUGUUUUGCUUGUUCUUUCUGAUUAGAAAACACUACUGUUUCUUCUCAAUGGAAAACGCACUAUGCUAAAUUAGUCUGUCAUUGCAGAACCAUGCUGCCAUGUAGUGGCCACUUUAUAAAAUUGUCUGGUGAGGCCUUGUCAAACAUGCUGACACCUGCUAUGUUAUAUUUUGGCAAGGUGGAAUUUCUGGGUAGGAUAAUUGUUCCUAUGGGAUUGUAGAUUAUAUUUGUAGUCGUACAGUUGCCAGAGAAAUGGCAGGGAUUAGGUCAGAUCUGAUGGGGCUGCAGUCCUUGGUUGAAACCAGGAAAAUAAAUCAUUUGCAGAGUUUCUUGAAAAUUUCGAAUGACAACAGCUGUAAGGCCACAUUCUCUGUGCUUCUAGUUAAGCUGAAUCAAGUGCUUCUGUGCUAGGAGCAAAUGUUAUGUUUUCAUAAUCACUUAAGCAGAGAAAAGUUAUUUUUAGCCUGCUCACCUAUGGAAGAUCAACAUAGUGAAAAAAUGUUACAUUCCAGGCAUGCAUUACAUAGUUACAUAGUAAAAUUGAGGAAAAAAAUAAAUAAAAAGUAAAUUUUUCCCAAGUCCGUCCAUUCACGUAUGAACUAGAUAUAGAUAUACGUAUCCUACCAGCAGCUUCUCUUAUUAAAAAUAUCCCUUAAAGCGGUAUUAACUUUUACGAUGGGAAUAAUGAUUCAAUUUUGUGUUUGGAGAUCUACUUGGCAAUCCUAGAAGGGAAGAGGGCUGAAGGCAUUCUAAGUCCGAGGCUGGCUUUCCAGGAAACACAUAGUUUUGGAAGUUAUUGGGUAAAGUAAUCGCAGAGAGUGUAAAACAUUUCCCAGCACUAUCCUCCCCUUUCUUUGUUAGAAAAUAAUGUUAACUUACAGCAUCUGUGGGCAGGUUGUGUGUAAACCAAACAUCAGUAACAGAGUGCAAACCAGUUAAUGCUCUACAGUCAGGGAAUAUGGACAGAACCCAACUAAUUAUAUAGAAGGUAACUUGCUUCCUAUUAUUGUGUACUUUUGUUUCUCCAAUUUAUUUUCAAACAGAUUAUUUCAUUUAAUUAGCACUGCUUAGAAUAUUUUAAAGUGAUACAAUCAAGACCUUAGGCAAUUUCUAGUGUUUUUUCCAUUUUUGUUUUUUUUUGUUUUGUAUAUCUAUAUAUGUUUAUGUGAAAUUUUAUUAUGUUAUAUACAAUUCUUUGUAUGCAGCUCUGUGUGUAAAAUUAUUUUUAUAUUACCUGGUCCCACAACACUCUAAAACCACACACGUCACUUUAAACGGAGCACUUAAAAGCAAUGCAGCUCUGUAAAAUGCAUUUACUAUAAAUUUACCCUUAAAGUGGACACAAGGGAAGAGUGUGGGAGUGUCAAUGGCAGUGUAAAAGCCAUGAACAUCUGUAAACCACAAACAGAUAUAAAGGACACCUCUUGCUAUACUGUUUACUGCAAUUAUAAAAACAUAUAGAUAUAAUUCCAAAAGAUGCAUUUUGUUUGCUACCAAAGAUGGGUACAUUUCUGUAGCAUGCUUACAGUGCUAGAAAGGAGAGCACCAAUUCACUAAUGUGCAGCUGGAGGGGAUAAAAAAAAAAAUCAUAAGAAGAAAAAAGUUAAUUUCUUCAAGAUAGCCAAUGGUUUGUUUUAAAGAGGAACAAGUUAUUGAAAAGUGGAACAAAAACCUGCCUUAACCUUGUCUGGCAUUAAGAGGAAUGGGGCAAGGCAGAAACCUGGUUACAUGGUAAUGUCACUGGCAGUUUUUACCUGAUACACAGUCAGUGACUGUGCUCUUGUGUUUUAGUGUAGGUUGGACAAAGCCACAAGACAAGGGAAGUGAUUCAUUUUCACAGUUCCUUAGAAAAACAAGGUGAAAUCUAGCUUUUAGAUUAAAAUACAAAAUUAGUUUCAGGACCGACACAGGAUCUCAUUUUGAUUCUCAAUAAAAAAAAAAAAUAAUACACAUACAUACAUACAGGUCUGGAUAUAGAAUAGGAAAAUGAAAUAUAGUAAAUAAGACAUUCAUCCUCAAGAACAAUUUGGUAUUUUUUUUAAUUUUUUUUUUUUCAUUAUUAGUAACAUUUUCAGCUUAUGGGAUAGAGAUACCUGUCUGGUUUAUUAUUUUAUUUAAGAAUAAAACAAAUUGUUCUUGCUUGUGAAUUGAUGAGCCUGUUGACUUUGAUCAGUCUUGAAAAAAUUGCAACAAUCUAAAACAUAUUCUAUUUAUUUUGUGUUUUCCAGCAUUCAAACAGGAAUUUGGAUUGUGAAUUGAGAUUUUGGGUAAGUGUUUGUUUAUGCUGCCUGUUUUUUUUUUUUUAAAUGUUGUAUUUUCAUGAACAGCAAUAUCUGCACCUGCACUUUACCCUACUUUCAUUGUUCACAUAGUCACUACACCAUAAAUAACCAAAACCACCAGAAGUGGAAGUUAGAAAAGUAUUUGAAACUGCAUAUUUCUCCCAUAAAAAAAACAAAACUUUCAUUUGCACAUAUACAGAGAGGUUUUGCAUGCACUAGUAAUAGCAAAGAGCUCUACAAUUAUUCUGUGUUUCUAAUGCGUUAUGAUUUAUUUCUUUUUUUUAAUCUAGAAAAGGGCACACUAUGGCAUCCCCAACUGACAGUUGCAUCCAGUUCACGCGACAUGCAAGUGAUGUUCUUCUGAACUUAAACCGCCUUCGAAGUAGGGACAUCUUGACUGAUGUUAUCAUAGUGGUGAACAGAGAACAUUUUCGUGCUCACAAAACUGUCCUCAUGGCCUGCAGGUGAGUUGUUGUGCGUACAACAAAAAUGUAAACUCAUAGUAAAGGUUGCAAAGGAACAUGUAGACAUUUGUUUACUGAAGAUGGUUUGCAAAAUGACUUCUUCAGCUGGAAUCAUAAACUUGUGUUAAAUUUGGGAAAAGUAGAAUCUAUAGUGCAAUAGACUCUUAAUCAUAAAUUUAUGGAAUAUAUGGUUUAUAGCCAGUGCCAAGUGUUUGCCAAUUUAGAAAUGUAAGAUUAUCUGUAUAGAAACUGAUGAAAUUAUAAAUAAUGCACAGCAAUGCUGCUUAUUUGUGAUAAGGUUUUAAAAAUAUUGAGGAAUGGAGGCUUUAACUAUAUAUACUAGUAAGCGGUUUGACAUUAUUUUAGGUUUUCAUGAAAUGAAGUGAUUAUUUUGUAACCAUAUGAUAUGUAAUUAUUUGAAUGCAUGAACCAGAUGCCUUUUAUUAUCUCUAUAAAAUAUGUCUUUCUCCUUCAAAGUGGGCUGUUCUACACAAUCUUCACUGACCAGAUGAAGUGCAACAUGAACAUCAUAAAUUUAGAUCCAGAAGUUAGUGCAGAAGGCUUCCGAGUACUCCUUGAUUUCAUGUAUACAUCACGGCUUAGCUUGAGGGAAAGUAGCAUUAUGGCCGUUAUGGGCACCGCCCUUUACUUGCAAAUGGAACAUGUUGUGGACACAUGUCAGAGGUUCCUCAAGUCAAGGUAAUUCUCAUUUGCUAAAUUGUGAUAGCAUUAAUGUAGACAUUAAUGACUGUAUUCUUUAUGAUCUGAUUACUUCAAACCAUUUCUAGACCUGUACUAUAACCAUUUCUAGACCUAGACCUGUAAAUCUUGUUGAUCAUCCAGAGUAAUUUCUGGUGUCUUAUUUACACCUAUAGUAACUGGAAGUCUAAUGAAUGAAUACUUAUUUGAAUGAAAUGGGAGACAUAAUUUUUUUCACUUUUUGGGGGGAAGUUGUCUUGUUCCAUAACUUAUCUUUAAUAAUAGUUGAAGUUUACAUCUGUUUGUUAAACUGGAUGUUACUCGUUAAAUAGUUUUUUGAAGUUAAUGAACAGCUUUACAUAGUUUGAGGAUUCUGGUGUUUAUAUCAGGAUGUAUUUCUCUCUCCUAAUGCUUGUAAUCUAUAUGACUGGUAGAACCCUUUUGUGGAUGUCUGUGGUAUCUUGCUGGUCUCUGUAUCUAAUAUAAUUUUCUUGUGGUUUGCUAGCACUGAAGAAAUUGUGAACACAGUGAAAAUACCUAGAGGAGAAGACUAUCUUCCUGGCAGAACAAUGCUGCCACAAGAUGUCAUGACCUACAGAAACUGUGAGAUGUCUGAAAAUACUGUACCUCUUCGAAAUGCAGCCAUUUGUGAUGGGAGGCCCUACAUCCCAAACCUGUACAAUGGUCCUACAUCAUCUUAUCCCAUAUACAGUCACAUCCCUGUGCAUGGUUUCCUAUUUCCAGAGGACGAUGUAAGAGAUGUGCAGAUGGCAGAGAUGCAAAGAUCGAGUCGAUAUUCUAAGGAAAGUUUGUUGCCCGGAGAAAAUUCAAGAACUGUAUUGGGAGACUAUAGAACAACAGCUACAGACUUGUCGGUCAACAUGUGCCAGACAAAUAUCUACUCUCCAAAGGAAGCAUCAUUGGAAGAGCCCAGAAAUGACUCUCAUUACAAUGUGGCAGGGUCCCGAUCUGCUGGUCCAUCUGUAAGAAAUAGUCCCUUUUACACCUGUGAAAAAGGGAAGGAAGAAGAGAGGACAUCCUCAGAGGAUGAAAUAAGUCAGCACUUUAAACCAACAAACUCUCCAGUCAAUCGCAAGGGUCUUGUUAGCCCACAAAGUCCUCAGAAAUCAGACUGUCAACCCAACUCUCCCACUGAGUCCAGCAGCAGUAAAAAUGCUCGUAUUUCACAGGAAUCUGGUUCUCCUGUCUCCAAAGUCUCUGGUGAUCCAAAGGCUUGCAACUGGAAAAAGUAUAAGUUACUCAACUCUCUCAAUCAGAGAGAGAAGGAAGGUUGUGCCAACCAAAAUGAAAUGGGUAGCCUCUCUCCACAGUCCUGUACAUCUCAAUCUUCAAGUCAACAGCUGGUCAAGUCAGAAAACAUGGAUAUUCAGGCUACAGUUAAGAUGAAUGGUGGCACUGAUGCAUCAUCAAUACCACAAGCCAGCAAGCUGAACAAUAUUGUAAAUAGGUAUGCCAUUGUAUUAUUGAGAUGUUUUAUUUUAAUUUUAUUUUUUAUUCAGGAAUAUUGUUGUUGCACCACCAGCUUUAAUGCAUAGUUUAUAGUUCCACAUCAAUGACAGAAAUUGCCGUUUUAUGCAAUUUGUAUUUUUGUAUUUAUACAGUGUGGGACUUUUUUUGGAAGUAAUCUAUUUAUAUUGCAUGUCAGAAGAGGCUUUCGGCCUUUAUAGACAUUAAUGGCUGUAAUUUAUAUGAUCUGAUUACUUCAAACCAUUUCUAGACCCAAAGACUGUAAAUCUUGUUCCUCAUCCAGCACAAUUUCUGGUGUCUUAUUUACCCCUAUAGUAACAAGUUUACAUCUCUUUUAUUCCAGGACUUUGGAAAGUUCCCCACAGAGCAGUGAAGGGCAUUCGCCUCUCUACAUUCACACACCCAAAUUUGGAUUGUUCUCCUCACAAUCACCACCUGAAAUGUGUCCUCACACCCCUGGCUCCAAUUUUGGUGAAGAGAUGGCUGAAACGCAAUCUGAGUACUCAGACUCCAGCUGUGGUGAGUAAGAAAUUCUCAAAAAAGGUAACAGGAUAAUCCAUGGAAUCUCAGCCCUUAAUCUGCUUUGACAGGAGCACUUUAGUGUUAGGAAUUCAAAGAUGUAUUACUAACAGUAGAGUGUCCCUCUGCCCUGGGCCCUUCCCCAGGUCCAUCCUCCAUCCAUGAGAGGGUUUAAAAACCUGAUUCCUGGGUCACACUGAUCCUCUGCUCGCAUUUAUCCUUCCCUAUAGGAAAGCAUUGACUGGAUGUCCUCAAGCACAGCAUGAGGAUGUCCAUCAUCGUUUUAACUCUGUGAAACUGCAAGAAGCACCCACUAGAUCCAGUCUUAACACUGCAAUGCUUUUACAUUGCAGGGUUUUGCUAAAACGACAAGGUUUACAAGGUUAAGGGGACAGGAACACUGCACCCAGACCACUUAAAUAAGAUAAAGUGGUCUGGAUGCCUCUAGUGUCCCUUUAAUGUUUUAUAUAUUUACAUGCUGCAAAACAAAACUCAACAUGUGCAAAGAAAGUGAUACGUUUCUUGUAAAAACUGUUUAUAGGACUAUUCUUUAUUAUAUUUAAAAUGUAGAAUUUUUUGCGCUGUGUACAUAACAUGGAGUUUUAUAGUGCAGAAUAGAGUGCAAAAGUCAUUUGCAUUAUAGAAAUAAUACACUUGGUUCUCAAUUCCUUACAAAACCAUUGUUAUUUAGGUGCAAGGGAACCUUUCAGUUCCCUACACAACAUAACUUGUGACUUUGUCUGAUCUUUAGCGUCUUUGAAAUAUCACUGAUGUUUUUAUCUUACUUUCCCUUCUGCUAUUCCACAGAAAAUGGUACUUUCUUCUGCAAUGAAUGCGACUCUCGUUUCUCAGAGGAAGGUUCCCUGAAGAGGCACACACUCCAGAUGCACAGUGACAAGCCGUACAAAUGUGACCGCUGCCAAGCUUCAUUCCGCUACAAGGGCAAUCUUGCCAGCCAUAAAACUGUUCACACAGGUGCGUGUCUGCCUUCUGACAUAUUCCUCAUUUAUUUUAUUUUUUUUGUAGAGUUUAUAUCUAAAAGUAUGACUUUUACGUGUCAGAUGCAGUUUUCUCAAAAUAUGUCCCAUCUGUAAAAUAGCCUAAAUUUUAAGUAAAUAGUCCUUUUCAUGAAACCCAAUAGAAUGUUAAAUUAAUAAUCCACACACUUAAAAGCACUUUAGCUUGCCUUUGUGCUUUAUGUGUGAAGUGUGUGUUAUCUUUGUUUCAUUUUACAUAAAGUGCAGAUUUCAAUCUGAACAUUUGUAAAUUAACCUUUUUUCACCCUUUGGUUAUCAAUGAGACACCUGGUCCUGUUACAUUCUGGUAGUUUAGUUUUGUGGAGCUAAACCCAAAAGGCAGGCAAUUGCUCUAAUGGGUUUAUAGCAUUUGCAAGCUAUUUGUAGAUACACCCCAAAUAAGAAAAAUGCAUAAUUAAAUGCAUGCAUGUUUUCAUUAGGAUAUAUAUAUACUAAAUAGUUAUUUUUAGGGGUUUUUUUGUUUUUGUUUUUUUUAAUGGGCUGUGCAGUGUCCCUUUAACAGACUGCAAUGCUUAAGCCCAGAGGUAAGCUAACUUUUUAGAUGACAUCACACCUGAAUCAAAUUUACGUUUUGAUAGUGCUAUCUAAAUGUGUAUAUCAUUGUUUUAAAUAGAUGCAAGAUUUUCACAAGUUUUAAAAUGCGACUAAGAAUAUGUUGGGUAAAGGUCUCCCGGGAAACACCACUCCCCUGCCUAGAUUAGGUUAUUUCAUACUUUAAAAUAAAAGUUCUAAAUCACAAAGUAACUCUAAAGUCACUGUCUGAGAAACUAUCCAUUCAUUUCUUACUGGACAUGUUGUGCAUAGCUUUUACUUUAGCAGAGAAGCUGCAAUGCAAAUUAUAGCAAUCAUUAUUUCUCUUGUUAAAACAAAAUAAAAAGAUCAUGACAGUUAAUUUCCCCAAAGGGCUGAAGUGUAUAAAGUAAUUUGAAGGCCUCUUCUUGGUCCCAGAGACCAAUGUUUUUUAUGUUUUUUUAGUAACUGCAACACUGAAUGGGAAGGACAAAAUGUCAGUCACUGCUCCUCAGCUAAUGCAUGGGGUAUCUGUAAUAUCCAUAAGGCAUCUGGUAUUUGCCUUUUAUGGCCCAAUGCAUGUGUGUCUCUAUACAGAAAGUACGUAGAUCAAGAAGAAGAAUUGUGAUCUAUAUAGACAGGUGCCUCAUUUAGUAUUGCUCUGGUUUUACAAUAAUUGUUUCUGCUUAUGUUGUAGGUGAAAAACCAUAUCGCUGCAGUAUCUGUGGUGCACAGUUCAACAGGCCUGCUAACCUAAAAACCCAUACCAGAAUUCACUCUGGAGAAAAGCCGUACAAGUGUGAAACUUGUGGAGCGAGGUUUGUCCAGGUGAGUGCCUUUAAUGUGCCAUGCUCUUAGUGCAGCAUCAUAACAAAAAUCUAUCUAUCUAUCUAUCUACCAAGCAGCAUCAUAAUAAAAUGCUAUCUAUCUAUCUAGCUAGCUCUCUCCCUAUCAAUCGAGAUUCUUAGGUUUAUGUCUAUAUUAAUAUGUUUGGUCAUUUUCAUGUUUUUUCUAAUUUGAUUGAUUUUUUUUUAAUUUUAAUUUUAUAAUUUUAGGUUGCCCAUCUCCGUGCACAUGUACUUAUACACACUGGAGAGAAACCAUACCCUUGUGAAAUCUGCGGAACUAGAUUCCGACACCUGCAAACAUUAAAAAGUCACCUCCGUAUCCACACUGGGGAGAAACCCUAUCACGUAAGUCGUAAAACUAAAUCUGGGACCAUCAAACUAUCACAGAAACAUGACCCUUUAAAGUUAGAAGUUUUGAUAUCAGCGAAGAUGCUUAUCUCCCAUAUAGCGAUUUCAAUGGUGAAAACAUAUAUAUUUCACAUCAAAAUCUCCUUACAAGAUUGGUAUCUGUGUUAAAACUUAGAAAAGUGAAUAUUAUAUAGAUAGAAUGAGAAGAAUCAUUUUACUAUGCAAAAACAAAUGGCAUAUCCGUCUCAGGUUCUGAAAAUAAAUGACUAGUGAUUUCUUUUAAAUAAUUAUUUAUGUAAAUCCUAUUUUCUUCAUGAACCAGAAUCAUAACAAUUUCCUUCUUUUCUUUUCUUCCAUUCUAGUGCGAGAAAUGCAACCUUCAUUUCCGCCACAAAAGCCAACUAAGACUUCAUCUUCGUCAAAAACAUGGAGCAAUCACCAAUACAAAAGUCCAGUAUCGCGUGUCCCCAGCAGAGUUGCCCCCUGAGCUCCCCAAAUCUUGCUGAACCUCUGGUCUAACCCACCAAAUGUGGAGUGCCUCUUUUUUGACCUGUUAGUGCAGAUGGGUGAAAUGAAACGGGUUUAGCUUUUUUUUUUUUGUCCUGGUCAUGUGAAAUGUGCACCCUUCAUUGUAAAUUUUUUAAUUUUUAUGUCCGUGUGUUGGAGUGACCAUGCGCUUUCUAUUACUUCAGCAUUGUAAUUUUCAUCCAGGAGCAAAUCUGUGAUGUGGAAAGGAUGUUUGGAGGACAAAGAGUGUUAAACCCUGCUUCUCCAUUGAGGAAGCAAUGCACUGAUGAUUCCGCACAAAGCGGAAAACAAAAGCAUCUGGGAACACCAGUCACCUUAUUGGUCAAAAGACAGAAUACUAGAAAGGCUGGCAAGGACUCAAAGAGCUGCCCAGCAAAUCCGUUCCAACUUUGACAUUUGCCAAGAUGCCCUGCGGAGUGCAGCUUUCUGCUUUAUGCUUGACUUUCUUUAUUGGGGGUAAAAUUAUUUUACAUUUGUACCUCUAAGUAAAGGGGUUGGCGUUUUUGUAUCCAGUAAUGAUUUGAUAAUAACUGGGGAGAGAAAAAACAAAAAGCCAAAUAGUAAAUGGAAAUAAUUAGAUGGGGAGGGGUUGCUUCUUCAUGGACCCUAAAAAAAAGUAUCCAGGCUACAACUCUUGAUUGGGAUAUCAGCAGUCUCUGGAGGGACUCUUUAAAAAAAAGAAGCACUUGUACUAAUCACUUACUCUCAUUAUAGUGAAACCAUUCGCAGAGCCAGCCUCUCUAAUAGAGAGGCCAGUGUUGCUGCUGCCUGGUGUGGCAUAUGAGGUGGUGAUUAUAAUUUAGCACCUUUUUUUCUCUUUUGAAAUAAAGAAGCACUAGUCUUCGUCAAAAGGAAUAUCUAAGGCACAGCCAGGAAGUGUAUUUCUUUUUAGGGAUAGUGUCAAAAAGUUUGCUCGAAUGUUUAAUGUACUUAGAUGGAAAAUGCAGGGGUAUGGUUGAGUCUGUUAACCGCUUAGCUGCCGAAGACCUUGAAAUACUCCAAGAUUUUCCAGGCAGAAAAGGAGUUAAUUAACCAAUGAGUAUGAUCUACUUCUCAAUUCUGCCCCUGCUGAACUCUGCACAUGCCCAGCCUAAAUCCCCAUGUUUGUAAAGCAAUAAGGCGUCCUGGGGUCAUGUUGUGAUUGGUAGCAUUACCUUGUAGUCUAGGCUGGUUUGACUCCAGAGGUGCCUUGCUGCCCCAGUUGCAAUAUUUUACCAGCACUAAGAGGCACCAAAAUCUAAUAUUUUUCUAGCCUUUGGCUUAAUUGCACCCCCAGAAAAGAUUUAUAUAUAUAUAUAUAUAAAUAUAUAUAUAGAUAUAUAUUAAAAGUAUUUAAUUUUAUGGUAUGCAAAAUGUGCACUCGAUUUUAAAGAAAACCUGAACAAAGAAUUCUUAUGUAUGCUUUUUAAGAGAGGGCUUUAACUUUUGUUAUAGUUUUAACCAAAGGAAAAGGAAUUUAUGGCAGAGUUGUAAAUAUCUAUAUAAAUAUACCUAUAUUAUGAAGAUUAAAAACAGAAUUAGAAAAAUUAAAUGAAUGCUAUAAAAACUGAAAUGCAGCAAACGUUUAGAUUGUAUCUGCAGGCAGAAACCAAUCUGAGAUUUGUUCAUGUGAUAGAGCACUUAAAAAUAUUUUAAAAGUAUUGCACCAGUGUACGUGAGAAGAUAUUUUGUCUAAACGCAACAGUCUUUAAAUCUUUUUUUUUUUUUCUUUAAUUAUAUUAUUUUUCUUUCCUGGAAGUGAAGGUUUACAGUUUGUUUAAAACUCAGACACCCUGUCGAAGGAAUAUGUGACUUCUCCUGUUUUAAAUUGUACGUCUGUAAAUAUGUAUAUUUUGUCUUUGGUGCCUUUUAACCCGAUCGGUGCCAGGGAGGCUGGCAGCUUCUUUGUGUUGGCAUUCUCACUGGCAGCGAAGGGGUUAAUGAAUGUUUUGAACCCUAUUGCUUUUUAAAGGUACAACCUACAGCUAGUCACUAAUCUUUGGGAAAGGUCAAUUUUUUUUUUUUUUUGUUGUUGUUGAUUUCUAUGAUGCUUUUUGUCCUGCUUGUGUUUUAAUAAUGUACUGCCGGGAGACAGGGUUUGGGCUGUUUCUAAAACUGCAUCAUUGCAAUGUAAACUAUAGCUGUACAAGUAGAAAAAAAUAAAAUCGUCAACAAGCAGAAAGGACAUGAAGUUUGCGUGUGUUUUCUUAUAAAGUUACUGUUUUAGUGCGGAGAUCAUAAACCUUUUAUUUGUUCCUGUACCAGACAUCUAACCUUUUCAGGUAAAUUUUCUGUCCUCUUUUUAUC